GUAGAUGGCGCUAUAGGCGAUUACCUGCGAUUAGUGAUCUCUGCUCAGGUGAAUAAGAUAUAGCAGAACUGCAGUUUGUUACGUUAUUUUAACAGGAUCGUGUUUUAGAUUGAUAAACGGAACCAAUGGAGAGAUUUAAGAAGGGAGAAACUUUCCGAUUUGGAAUAGUUACAGCAGGGGCAGCUCUUAUAUUUGCUUUCGUCGUAUUGCAAGAAGCAGUUGUUGUCCAAUCUAAAUCGCCCUAUUCAUGGGCUAAGUUUGAUAAAUUCGAUGAAAUUACACAAAGAAUGGACGCUGUUAACGCUGAAAAUUGUGCUUCCAAAUCUAAAGAAGAACUUCAUUUACCGGAGACAACCGUCGGUCAAGUACCUCAAUUUAAUCGACUUCUGUCCACUGUUAUUUAUCCGAAUAGAACCAAUCUUCUUCACUUGCACAAUAUGGCUUUAAAUCGGGCUUUUUUCUACUCUUAUGUUUUUCAAAAACUUAAUGAAACUCAUCAUUUCAAAUAUCAACCUGGAUUGAUGUACUACUACUUUUCAGCAGCAGCAGACGUCAGUGCCAAUGAAUAUAACAUCAAUGGGUCAGGAAUAUUUUUCGAGUUUAAUAAGACCUAUCCUAAUUGGUAUAGAAAUAUAGCUAUAAAUCAUACCAUGUUACUAUUUGGACCCAGGGCAUUUAGAUUUGACGAUUAUAAUGAACCUACAAAUUUUUUAAGAGAGCCCACAAAUCAAACUAUAGACGUAGUUGAUUACGGAGCUGGUCCACAAAACAAUUAUACUCGAGACACGUAUAAAUUAAAUGAAUGGUAUUUUAAGUGGAUGCCCGAUGGGUGGGGUAAGAAAGGUUUGGAUUCGAUCAAGAAACAUAAUUAUAAUGUCGGUAUAAAAUAUUCGAACGAAACUGGAAAAUUUACUACUGACGAGUUUGAAGGAAAAACUUUCUAUGGUCCACCUUUUCCAGGACAAAAUCAGCAAAAUCAAAAGCAAGUAUUUCAACCUGUAGAUUUUACCAGACCCUAUUUCGAUUGUGGAAGAUCAAAUAAAUGGAUUGUUUCGGCUUCUGCUCCUAUAGUUGAUCACUUGCCAAGAUACUUGGAAUGGUUUCAUUUAAGAAGACAUUGGAUUACUGCAGCAUCUGUACAAGAUAUAGACUUUUUGAGCGUUGAUUUUAACCCAUGUCCUGCUGGAAUAGGAAAUCCUAAAUCAUAUCUGACCGAUAUAUCUAGAUGUAAAAAGUCCACUAUGUGCGAGCCCUUGUAUGGCUGGGGCUUUCGACGAGGAGGCUAUCAAUGCGUAUGCCUUCCUGGUUACAGAUAUCCUCCUUGGCAAAGAGGCCCUUUCCAAGGAUCUCAAAUUGAAAGCGCAACUGAGGAAGAGUAUGAAAGAGGAUUUGAAUGUUUACCUGUAGGCCUGAAACAAGUUAUACCAAUCAUCCGUGGAAAUGGGACUCUAGGUAUUGGUCGCUCAAAACGCUCCGUCCAAAAAAAGCAAUCAAAAAUUGAAAAACGAGAAGCUAAAGGACCAGUUAUAGAUAAAGAAAAAGUUGAAAAACGUUCCAUUAAGGCGUUAGACGGUCAAAGCAAAAUAUUGACAAAACAGCAGCGAUUUUUGCGGUCAGUUGACUUAAAGGAACUGCAAUAUAGCUACAAUAAAGCCCAAGAAAUGAUUGAGUCAUCUCAGAGGAGAAAGAGAAAGGUCUUCGUUGCCCGAUAUAAACGCAGUACUAAUGCUAAAAGUCGAUCUAAAAGGGCCACCUUCGACAAAAAAGCUCAUGAACGUAUGCAGGACUUACUCCGUAAAAAGGAAUCAGUAACUAGAGAUAACUGUCAUGAAAAAUCAAUGGAUGACUUAGAAUUACCCGGUGAUGUUGCCUAUGGCGUUCAAAAGCAAUUUUCUAACCAAGCAAGAACAGCACUACGUUUAUCACAUUUUUUAAGUAAUUUCCUUCAGAAUAUUGAUAUGUACGAAGAAUAUGGUAAUUUAAGAGGUGAUAAACUACUGAACAUCGAAUUAUUGUUUGGAGAAGCUUUGGCAAAUGUAAUGGGAGAUUUAAAAUUGCAUGGAUCGGGAAUAUUCUUUGACCGAGAUAAAUAUGUUGGUCCCGACGGCAAAACACGUCAGUUAUUCGGUCCGUACGCCUGGCGCCAUACUAAAAGAGGAGAUGAUGCUGAUCAAGCAAAUAAAAACUACAGAGCGCUAGACAAAGCUGGCUUGGAUGAAGCUUAUUUAGAAGAACGAUGGUUUAGAGAAGUAAAAGAGCGUUGGCAAUCUAAUACAUACGGCUUAACCAAAUAUACAGAGAAACCAAUGAUUCGAUCGGAUAUAAAUGGAACAUCUUCUAAAAAAUUUGAACUUUACCCCCUUUAUUAUCGAGCACCUGAGGAGGAUGAUGGCUGGUGGUCCCCGCCCUAUUUUAGUUGCGGUGGAGAGAAGGAAGACAGUCUUGGUCACGUUAAUGAUUGGGUUGUGACGUAUUCAGUUCCUUUCUUUGGAAAAAAUUCGAUUGGUACAGCUCUAGAAUUUAAAGGAGUCGUUACGGUAGACGUUAAAUUAGAAACCCUGGAUUUGAAUCAAUGUCCAGCUGAAUUCUAUAUUGCAAACGCUUUUAAGAAUACUGCCCGUUGCCAUUAUGAGAGUACAUACGUAAGUAUCUGUUAUUAUCCUUUUCUUUGGAGUAUGACUCCAUCAUGUAGUCCUAGUUUUUAGCUAAUCGGACGCUUGGCACUGGCGGAAUAUUCACGGAUUUAUUAGAUGUGAAUACUCUCCUGUGCCAUACGUUCUAUUUGAGCUCGAGCAAUCCGUAAUCUAAUCUUACGGGACCUUUAGUAUAAGUGUUCAUUUUCCAUCUCUAUCCUUAGAGUUAAUUAUCAUUUUCCCUUCAGUGUGUCCCGAUACCGUUAUUGACACCCGGUAGAAAAUUUCACCGAGGCGGGUACAAGUGUGAAUGUCGUCAGGGUUUUGAAUACCCAUUUAAUGAUCGAGCGUGGUAUUUUGAUGGUCAAACAAUGGAAGAAGAAUAUAGAAAAAUGCUUAGUAACGAACAGAAUAGGUUUCAUACUUUAAAAUGUAGAAUAGCUGCUGGAAGUAGUGCUAUCAAAGCAGUAUGGGUUAACAUCUUCUUAGCAAUGAUUUUGUGGUUCUGCUCAUAAAAAAACUAACUUAAUGGGAGGAGAGUUAAGGAUGUUUUUAGCACUAUAUAGUUUUUAUUAUACUUUUAUAUUUUUAUUACGUUAUUUUUUUUCUUGUUUCUUUAAAUGUCCUUUUUAUUAAAGUGCAUUUUUAUAAAACAGUUUUAAUAAAAUUUAUACAAUUUAAUGUAAUUAUAUUUAUGAAUAUAAGAAAAU